AAUUCUAGUCGAAUUGCUCCUGAGGCUGUUUAGGUUGGGGUAUUUCUGUGGAAAAUGUCAGCCCUUCGUCAAUACAACAAGCUACCUGUAUGGAUAGUGGAAAAUCACAAUGAGGUUCUUGAGCCUAUCUACAGAGCCGUUGCGACGAGGCAUUUACCGUUUGAAGGGAUAGCCAUGCUCCACUUUGACUCCCAUCCUGAUUUACAGAUAGACACCGACAUGCCUGCAGAUACUGUCUUUGAGAAGCAGGAUUUAUUGGAUGCCCUAAGCAUUGAGAACUGGAUUAUGCCGGCCAUUUAUGCAGGUCAUAUUGGUCAUGUGACCUGGGUCAAACCACCAUGGGCUGAUCAACUUCCUGAGGGGUCACGGAAGGUCAAAGUUGGAAGAGACAGUUCAUCUGGAAAAUUAAGAGUCAACUGGCCAGAUAGUUACUUUCUCAGUGACCUCCUCUUUGCUUCUGAAGAAGAACUUGAGAACAGCAAGGAUGCGAUCAUCAAUGUUGUAACCAUGGAAACAGACUGUCUGAGAAGCAGCAACUUCUCUACUUCCCCGUCAGUCUGUGAAGAGUCGAGACACAAACCAGCAUCUACCGUAGAGAAUGACAAUCAUGGCGUUAGAAAACGUGUAAAUAUUCAAGAUGCUGACAUUGAAACGCAAAGCAGAACAUUCUUUGAGAGUGACAGAGGUUCAUCAAAUGCAGGACAUGAUCAGAACAAUGUUGAACCCAAUGGGGAUACUGAGAAGCCAGACAAAUUGGCAUGUUCACACUCGAUGACGAGUAGAAACCAAGAGAACAUAGGCCUUUCACCUGCCACAGAACACAGCAACUCUUCAACAUUACAGAAGAAGUCAUGUACUACUGACAAUGAACAAGACGUAGAUGGUCAGAGGAACUGUCCAACUCAGAAACCUUAUAGCGGUACUGAACAAAGAGACUGUCAUGACUGUGCUGAUAAUGGUGCCAAUUUGAACAACCGCGACUGUGAGCAGGUGAUGAAGAAAGAUGAUUCUUUACAAUUUAGUAGUGGCGGUGAUGCACCUCUACAUACAUUUAACUCUCUCAAGUGCAAUAGUAGUGGAUGCAAUAGUAGUGUUGCCAAUUUGGUGAGCGGAGAUGGUACUCAACAAGUGCAAGGAUCAGGGGCUCCGUCGUCCGUCACAAAUGACGCUGUUGUGCAGAAGUUCUCAGAAUUCAGUGGAAGAUUCAUUUUAGACAUCGAUUUGGAUUUCUUUUCUACAAGGAACCCAUUCAAGCAAAUGUACACAAAGGAGCAAUACGGUUUGAUGGAUGAGCUGUAUAGAUUCGCUGCUCCCGUAGAUGACUCUGCACAAGCACUGGGAGCUUGUCAGAAGAGAAGAGCAAAGCAGAUCAGCGAACUGUCUGCUGGGCUGAAGGCUUCAUUCAAUGGUGAAGAUUAUGAUGCAUCGUUCGGUGACCAAGAUAGUUUCCUCAAGAUUGUUGAACUGGUCCGAUCUCUUCGGUCGACGCCCGACAUUGAACCGGAGUGCCUCGACCCGGAGAUGGUGCACAUGGCGGGGCUGACGUGCGACGAUCACGGUGAGCUCCCCCAUCACGUCAGCUCUGACGAGGAGAUCGAUAGCUUGAUCGCGACGAUGAGAGAACUUCUCGGGAAGAUGCAUACACCUACCAUGGUGACCAUCUCAAGAUCGUCACAUGAUGAUUAUUGUCCUGCCAAUCAGGUGGAUGGAAUCCAACGCAAGACUCUCAAGAUGCUACAAUCACUCUAUAACCAGCUGGAUGUUCAUAUAGAAUAUGAGUUAGCCAAAUGAUUAUGAGAUGCGUACUGUAUGUCAACUACCGGAAGACUAUUAUAGUGACACUAUAAAGUAGCCAUCUUAUCUCAUCGUAAUUCAUUUAUAAGAGAGCUGACCACUUCUAUUUCUCUUUAUUUCCGUUUCUGUAUAAGGGUAUAAUCCACCAAGUUUGAAUAAUAUCAGUGUGGAUUGCAUGUUAUUUUCAGAAAUGGAAUGAAAAAUACAAAGUACAGAAGUAGAAAGC